AUGUCGAAAACAUCGUUAAGGAGUUUGUUAUUGGGACUGCUAUUGAUCGCCGCAGUAAGCAAUGCGAAAAUAAUACAACGAAUAGUCGGUGGCGAUGUCGCCCGUGAAAAGCAAUUCAAGUAUCAAGUGUCCCUUCAACGUGUCUCACUAUGGGAUGGAUGCGUUCGACAUUUUUGCGGUGGCAGCAUACUCGAUAGAUAUCACGUCAUCACGGCGGCCCACUGCGUCGUAAACAAUCGCACCAGACUGGUUAUCCUUGACCCGAUCAGCGUCGUGGCCGGCACGGUGGAUCUGCGCAAACCGGGAUCAGGCGUGUACCGCAGCGCCAAGUGGGUCUUCAUGCCUACGGAUUACGUUAAGACCGGCUACAGAGCGAACGACAUAGCAAUUUUGAGGUUGAGCGAGCCGUUCCCUCUCAAUGACGAUAGACUAGGUAAGAUCAGGAUAGCGAAGCCAAAUCAGUAUCUGCCAGGAAAUUCUACACAAAUCGCUGUCUUGUCGGGUUUCGGUAUUUACAAACAAAAAAUAGACCCAAACGGAAAGUUACUUUCGGAAUCCGGUGCGAGUCCGAUUUUACGGUACAGUGUGGGACAGAUCAACUACGUUGCUCCCGGAAUCAAGCCCUGCGAGGACCAUCUAGUAUGCGUCUCUCCUGUCAAUCGUAAAUACGCAGGAGCAUGCAGAGGUGACAGUGGUGGACCGCUCGUCGAUAUAAAGACAAAUACGCUGAUCGGUAUCAGCAGUUACUCGGAGUUCGAUCUGUGCGGAAAGGUCGAGAAAUUCACCCGAGUCUCGUCCUAUCGGAAAAUUAUCGGGGAGUCGUUAUACAGACCACGUCGAUUGUCCGAUGCCACUUAUGUUACACGGUUGCCUAUCAUUGAUUCAUCUAGAUCUCCGUUAUGCAAUUAUAAAUAA